UAAAUGCACGCAGUGCAUUGUGGGAUUCAAAAUGGAGUUUGUUAUCAAGAUGUCAGCUGAAACGUCCUGUCUUGGACUUAUUUAACGAAUUUUAUUUAAUUGUCUAGUUGCUGUUUUUCGCACACGUACCAAACAAUGCACUGUAUGGGAUUGGUUUGUUUCGCUAGGGCCGCGGUUGGUCCAAACUCUUUUCUUCGACUCUACUCACGCAAUUUCAAUGCUAGAAAAUGUUCCGAACGCCGGUACCAGUGGACAGGUGCUUGGUGCCCAGCAGGAUGGACCAACAUCAAUAAUUACAGUCAGGAAGCACGUAAGAAUGAAUUGGGACAGUAUGUUUGCUAUCAUCUUCCACACAGGACCUUAAUGAAAGUUCAAGGGCAAGAUACAAGAUCGUUUCUUCAAGGUAUUGUAACCAAUGACAUGGAGCUCUUUGCAAAAGAGGAACAGAACGUUUUGUAUGCGCACAUGCUGAACGUUCAAGGAAGGACACUGUAUGACAUUAUCAUAUACAGGUUGAAAGUAGCAGAAGCGGGCUGUGGUGUUCUGCUCGAGUGUGACACCACCAUAAAGGACGUAAUUUUGAAACAUUUGAAGGUGUACAAAAUUCGCCGGCAGGUGAAGAUCAGCACCUGUCCAGAGCUUUCUCUAUGGGCUGUGUUGCCUCAGGGAACAGCCCCAGGCCACAAGAGGCCUAAGCCAGAUCUCACUGACCCAGAAAAAGCUAUGAUGUGGGAGGAAGAUCCGAGAACUGAAGCCAUGGGCUGGAGGUUGGUGGUGGACAACGAAGUCGAUCCUCUGGAAAUGAUUCCAUGGUGUCAGCAAGGCAACUCAGAAGAGUACCACAGGCACCGCUAUGCAAUAGGACUUCCUGAGGGGGUGAAGGACCUUCCUCCCGGGGUGGCUCUUCCUCUGGAGUCCAACCUGGUCUACAUGCAGGGCAUCAGCUUCAGUAAGGGCUGUUACAUUGGCCAGGAGUUGACCGCCAGGACUCAUCACACCGGGGUGGUGCGGAAGCGCCUGAUGCCUGUACGCAUGUCAGCACCAGCCGAAGGCCUGGAGGAAGGAGUAUCGCUACAGACCCAGUCUGGCAAGCCAGCCGGGAAGCACAGGGCCGGGGUUGGAGAGCUGGGCCUGAGCCUGAUCCGCCUGGCUCACGCUAAAGAGCCACUGACACUCAAGGCGUCAGAGGACACCACAGUGACUCUAGAGGCCUCCGUGCCAGACUGGUGGCCAAAAGACACUAAAGCAAAAUGAGGAUAGAGGUAUUUUAUUGACCCCAACAAUAUGAAACGUACAUAUGUUCAAAAGAGCCAUAUCAUUUCUACAUGGAUAGGGUCCAUAGUUACAUCUUCUCAUUCCAAAUUCAUCUAAUACAGUAUUUCACUGGUACCACUAGCAGCCAUGUGUAUGACAAUAGUUUUACUUAGUUUGCAAUAUUACAAUUGCUUUAGAUAGACUCUGAAAUUAUAAUUUCAGAGUCUAUCUUCCUUGAAACUAUGCUGUUUGCCAGUGCACCACAAUUUACUAGCUAUUGUCAGACAUAUUACUAUGCAUCUCUGGUGUAAUAAACAUAUAAGGACACAAAGUA